AUGAAACCCUAUCAAUACGAUAAUGAGAAACAAAUAAGAAUGAUUAACAAAAGAACAUUGAAUGAUGAGAAUCCAGGUGACCACAUAGAUGAAGUACCCCAGGAAGAUAAUGAUCGUGAUGAGAAUCCAGGUGACCACAUAGAUGAAGUACCCCAGGAAGAUAAUGAUCGUGAUGAGAAUCCAGGUGACCACAUAGAUGAAGUACCCCAGGAAGAUAAUGAUCGUGAUGAGAAUCCAGGUGACCACAUAGAUGAAGUACCCCAGGAAGAUAAUGAUCGUGAUGAGAAUCCAGGUGACCACAUAGAUGAAGUACCCCAGGAAGAUAAUGAUCGUGAUGAGAAUCCAGGUGACCACAUAGAUGAAGUACCCCAGGAAGAUAAUGAUCGUGAUGAGAAUCCAGGUGACCACAUAGAUGAAGUACCCCAGGAAGAUAAUGAUCGUGAUGAGAAUCCAGGUGACCACAUAGAUGAAGUACCCCAGGAAGAUAAUGAUCGUGAUGAGAAUCCAGGUGACCACAUAGAUGAAGUACCCCAGGAAGAUAAUGAUCGUGAUGAGAAUCCAGGUGACCACAUAGAUGAAGUACCCCAGGAAGAUAAUGAUCGUGAUGAGAAUCCAGGUGACCACAUAGAUGAAGUACCCCAGGAAGAUAAUGAUCGUGAUGAGAAUCCAGGUGACCACAUAGAUGAAGUACCCCAGGAAGAUAAUGAUCGUGAUGAGAAUCCAGGUGACCACAUAGAUGAAGUACCCCAGGAAGAUAAUGAUCGUGAUGAGAAUCCAGGUGACCACAUAGAUGAAGUACCCCAGGAAGAUAAUGAUCGUGAUGAGAAUCCAGGUGACCACAUAGAUGAAGUACCCCAGGAAGAUAAUGAUCGUGAUGAGAAUCCAGGUGACCACAUAGAUGAAGUACCCCAGGAAGAUAAUGAUCGUGAUGAGAAUCCAGGUGACCACAUAGAUGAAGUACCCCAGGAAGAUAAUGAUCGUGAUGAGAAUCCAGGUGACCACAUAGAUGAAGUACCCCAGGAAGAUAAUGAUCGUGAUGAGAAUCCAGGUGACCACAUAGAUGAAGUACCCCAGGAAGAUAAUGAUCGUGAUGAGAAUCCAGGUGACCACAUAGAUGAAGUACCCCAGGAAGAUAAUGAUCGUGAUGAGAAUCCAGGUGACCACAUAGAUGAAGUACCCCAGGAAGAUAAUGAUCGUGAUGAGAAUCCAGGUGACCACAUAGAUGAAGUACCCCAGGAAGAUAAUGAUCGUGAUGAGAAUCCAGGUGACCACAUAGAUGAAGUACCCCAGGAAGAUAAUGAUCGUGAUGAGAAUCCAGGUGACCACAUAGAUGAAGUACCCCAGGAAGAUAAUGAUCGUGAUGAGAAUCCAGGUGACCACAUAGAUGAAGUACCCCAGGAAGAUAAUGAUCGUGAUAUCAAUUCAGGAGAAGACAAUGAAGAGGCGGAGGAGGAAAUUGAAGAUGAAGAUGUCAAUUCCGAUGAUCCUGUUAGGGUGGUUGCCGUGGAUAUUAUUGUUGAAGUACCAACAUUUGAAGUGAAGUCAGUAUUGGCUAUAGAGAAUGAAACAUUACCACAAUAUUGGUCAGUUGAAUUGACAAAUACAAAUACUCCAGCUUAUAUUAAUCUGGCAGCUAUAUUUUGUGAUUCAAUUUUAAGUAGUUUGAAACUCGGAAAUCCAUCAUUGUCAAACGAUGCAAAAUGUACUAAUGUUACAUUCACACCAGUUGAGUCCUCAAAUCGUUUGAAAAGACAAGUAGACGUGACCUUAGAUCAAAAUAGAAAACAAGGUAUUCAAGGAACAGCGAAUAUUGAAAUUCCAACUCCUCAAGGAAAAGAACUGACUACAGAAGCAUUUACAAAUAUUAUUAAUUCUGGUAUUGAGAAAUCAGACAGCAAAACUGGACUGAAGUUAUCUAAUGUGGAAACUAAAAUUCCAGAAGAUCACACCGGAACUAUCAUCGCCAUAGCUGCUGCUGCUACUGGAAUUUUACUAAUUGUAAUUGUUAUUGGAAUCAUUUAUAAAUAUCGUCAAAGAAAUGCCGCUUUAACAUUAAAUCAUCUUAAAUAA